UUAUUUUGAAGGGCACAUGUCGUCAUCGCGGACGCGUUUCUGUACGUCUGGUUUGGUAGCAGCUCGUAUGUGGAAAGUCGCAAUGUCGGAGGAGGUUGGCAAGGCGCUACAGUCGGUAGUGGAUCGGGUGAACCAGGCGGCGGCUCGGCGGCCCAAGACGCUGCCCGCCGCGCCGCCGCGCCUCGUCGCCGUCAGCAAGACCAAGCCCCCGGAGAUGGUGGUGGAGGCCUACAGACAAGGACAGCGCAACUUCGGGGAGAACUAUGUCAACGAGCUGGUGGACAAAGCUUCGGACCCUCUGGUAGACUCGUGUCCAGAAAUCCAGUGGCACUUCAUAGGUCACCUGCAGAAGAAGAACGUGAACAAUCUUCUGAGCGUGCCCAACCUGCUGCUGGUGGAGACGGUCGACUCGGCCGGCCUGGCCGACAAAGUCAACAGCUCGUGGCAGCGCGUCCGAGGGGCCGGCGCGCAGAGGUUAAAGGUCAUGGUGCAGCUCAACACCAGCGGAGAACAGAGUAAACACGGCCUCCCGCCGGAGGAGACGGUCGCCACGGUGAAGCACAUCGUGUCCAAGUGCUCCGCGCUGCACUUCUUAGGACUCAUGACCAUCGGACGCUACGGCUACGACCUCAGCCUGGGGCCCAACCCGGACUUCCAGAUGCUGCUGGCUCGCAGGCAGGAGGUGUGCGACGGCCUCAAGCUGCCUCUGGAGGACGUGGAGCUCAGCAUGGGCAUGUCUACAGACUUUGAACACGCGAUCGAGGUGGGCUCCACCAACGUGCGGGUGGGCAGCAUCAUAUUCGGGAACAGGGAGUAUCCCAACAGCGCCGGCAACACCCCCAACCCCAGCCCGGCCCCCAGCCCCGAGAAAACCAGCAAGAAGGUGUCCGACGCCGCCGCCAACAAGAUGCAGCACCUCACUGUCUGAACCCCCAGAAGACCCCCCCCCCCCGAGUAGAGCAGGAAGCAGAUCGCCCCACCGAGCCGCGGAGCUCCGACUGCUGCAUCAUUUUAACGUGUGACCUGUUGCUCCUUUGAGCGCUAACGGGGGCGUUGAGUGCAGACCUCGUUUGACCUUUUCUAAAAGUGGUGUCACUAAGCUCUCGUGCUCUGACUUCCUCCCAUGGACCUCCUAAUCCCGCGAGAUCACCGGGCCCGAGACCCGGUCCGCCGCUGGAGACCGCGUGGAGGUGGUUUCGCCAGGUGGGCUGGUUGCGCCGACGCUCCCAGGCGGCGUUCCACACAUCGGGAAACUGAAGACUUUAAUUAUCCCUUUAUAUCGACAUCGUAUUGUGCGUAUGAUAUUGUUUCUUAUGUCGUGUGAGCUCUCUAUUCUUGAUAUUAACAAGAGUUGGGUGGGGGGGUGAG